AUGGAAGAUUGGAGAGAGGAAGCCGAAAAGGUGGAAUUGCAUGGGGGAGAUGUAGAGAUUAUGUGGGAUUCCAAAGUUGGGGGGAAACCCAAUGAGUUUGGUGGUAAUUCUGGUUCUGACAGCCACAUCAGCCGGUUUUUGGGAGUCUCGAGAAAGUGGAGGAUUGGGGGGAGGGGCGAUGUGAAAAGUGGUUGGAUUAGAGGGCUAAAAGUGAACCAUAAAAUUGACUUCUUGGCUAUUCAAGAAACCAAGUUAGUUGAUUUCUCGGGAUUCAAGUUAGAUAAGUUGUGGGGAAAUACACCUUUCUGUUCGGAAUUCGUUGGUUCAGUAGGGCAAUCGGGUGGUUUGCUUUGUUUGUGGGAUGACGGUAUUUUUCGGUUUUUGAGUUCAACGAAACAGAGGAAUUUUUUAUACAUCAGGGGUUUAAUAAAAGGCAGUAACGAGUUGCUGAAUAUAAUCAAUGUUUAUGCUCCUCAAAGUGGAGCGGCAAAGAAUGCUCUAUGGGAUGAAUUGUUAGCAGUAAUGGAGGGUGUGUCCGGAAAAUGGGUGCUGCUGGGUGAUUUCAAUGCUGUUAGAGACCCUUCCGAAAGGAGAAAUUCCAGAUUCAAAGUUGGUUGUGCUUCCAGAUUCAACGAGUUUAUAAAUCAAGCGAAUUUACUCGAGUACGAGAUGAAGGGGAAGAGAGUGUUCAAUUCAUGGAUUGAGCAGCCGGGAUAUGGAGAAAUGGUUGAGUCGGUGGCUAACCAGGCUAUAGUAUAUGGGCCGCCGGAUAUCAGGUUAAUCAAAAAAUUCACUGAAAUUAGGAAAGAAAUCAAAGCGUGGAGGGAUGAUUUCUGUAAAAAUGAAAAAGAAGAGCUGGAGAAGGCCAUCCAGGAAUCGGAAGAGACAGAGAAGAUUAUGGAGGACAGGGAGUUAACGGAAGAGGAAGAAUGGAUUUAUGCUGAAAAUAAGAAAGUAGUAGCUGAUAUUUCUUUUAAGAAAAUCAUGGAUAUUAGGAAAAGGUCGAGAAUUAAAUGGGCGUUAGACGGGGACGAAAACUCAAAGUUUUUCCACACGUUGGUCAAUAACAGGAAAGCUAGAAAUCAGAUUCCUGGAUUGAAUAUCGAUGGGACCUAG